AUGGUUCCCAGACAGUUCGUAAGAGCUUUAUUGCAGGCGUUAGUAAACCUCAUUAUCAUCGCAAAUCGACAAAUCGUGUCCAGACGACAACGUCAACGAUACCUGCUGCAAUAUGCAACAAGGAUUGGAGUUUACCACGAUGAAGUUAAUCGUGGCCCUUACUGUAGAUUGGGCACAGAUUUUCUUCUGACAACUCUGCGUGAUGGAGAUUUUGGGUUGCGUAAAGACUUCCGUGUCACAAGAAGGUCAUUUGUGAGACUUCAGCACAUUAUACAGAAGGACAAGCAUCAUGGGUGGCAGGCAGAAGUGGAAAUUUUGGCCUUUCUAUUUUGGAUAGCUUCUGGAUGUUGCUACAGGGUAGUUAUGCGAAGUUGCGGUAUUCCUCUUGUAACUGUGUGUGAUAUAGUGCACCGACAAUUGAAUGCUGUUCUGGAGAACUUAAAGAAGUUCAUUCACCAUCCUCAACCAGAAGAGUAUCCUGUAAUUGCACAAGGGUUUGCAAAUUUAUCUGGAACCAGGAUCAUCAGGAGUGCAAUUGGAGCUGUGGACGGUGCGCAUAUCCGCAUAUUGCCACCUUCACAAUUUAAACAGGAUUACCACAACAGAAAAAAUCAGUAUUCCAUUCAGUUGCAGGCAGUUUGUAACCAUGAAGGAGUAUUUACUGAUAUUUUUACUGGUUUUCCUGGAUCAGUUCAUGAUGCUCGUGUAUACAGAAACUCCCCUCUUUGCCGGGAUGGGCUGUUUCCUCCACAAGAUUAUUAUCUGCUUGGAGAUUCUGCCUACCCGGGGUCAAGAUCAAUGUUGACCCCUUACAAGAUGCCAGAGGAUGCACUUCCCAUUAAUCGUCGAUUUAACACACAUCACAGCAAGGCGAGAAGUGUUGUUGAAAGGGCAUUUGGACAACUAAAAGUGAGAUGGAGAAGCAUCUUCACUAAGGAUGUGGAACUGCGCUCAAAAUCAGUGCCUCAGGUGAUCAGUGCCUGUUGUGCCAUGCACAAUCUCUGUCAUGCCUCUGGUGACAUCUUGGAUGUUGAAGAUGAUGAUGUCGACUUUGAUGAUGCUGUUGGGGAAGGCAUUGUCCGAGAAGAAGAUGAUGACGCAGAUGGUAUGGCAAUGAGGGCAGAGAUAGCGCAGAUGAUAUCCGCUCCGGAACGAUACCCUGACCAUUUGGAUGACCAUAUGUAUUUUCAAAUAAAUGUAUAA